ACCGGAAGUUGCGGUUGCCAUGUAAUAUCCUGGGCUCGCGGGCGCGCGAGUGACUGAGGCGGCGCCGGGGAGGGCGCGGAGUUUGCCAGCGGGUGGUGCGGGCGGCACCAAUAGGGACCGCUGAGGCACGCGAGGGCUUGGUGACUCCCGGAAAGGCUGUGACUUGAGCGGGGCCAGCGGUUUCCUCACAGUCCGGGCGGGAGGCCCGAAAGCGAGAGGCAGGCAGCAUGUCGGUGGCCGGGCUGAAGAAACAGUUCUACAAGGCGAGCCAGCUGGUCAGCGAGAAGGUUGGGGGCGCAGAGGGGACCAAGCUGGACGAUGACUUCAAGGAGAUGGAGAAGAAGGUGGAUGUCACCAGCAAGGCCGUGGCGGAAGUGCUGGUCAGGACCAUCGAGUACCUGCAGCCCAACCCAGCCUCCCGGGCCAAGCUGACGAUGCUGAACACGGUGUCCAAGAUCCGGGGCCAGGUGAAGAACCCCGGCUACCCGCAGUCGGAGGGGCUGCUGGGCGAGUGCAUGGUCCGACACGGCAGGGAGCUGGGCGGCGAGUCCAACUUCGGGGAUGCCCUGCUGGACGCAGGGGAGUCCAUGAAGCGCCUGGCGGAGGUGAAGGACUCGCUGGACAUCGAGGUCAAGCAGAACUUCAUUGACCCCCUGCAGAACCUGUGCGACAAGGACCUGAAGGAGAUCCAGCACCACCUGAAGAAGCUGGAGGGCCGUCGCCUGGACUUCGACUACAAGAAGAAGCGGCAGGGCAAGAUCCCCGAUGAGGAGCUGCGCCAGGCCUCGGAGAAGUUCGAGGAGUCCAAGGAGGUGGCCGAGACCAGCAUGCACAACCUGCUGGAGACCGACGUGGAACAGGUAAGCCAGCUCUCCGCACUGGUGGACGCGCAGCUGGACUACCACCGGCAGGCCGUGCAGAUCCUGGAGGAGCUGGCCGAGAAGCUCAAACGCCGGGUCCGGGAGGCCUCCUCGCGCCCCAGGCGGGAGUACAAGCCCAAGCCCCGGGAACCCUACGACCUAGGAGAGCCCGAGCAGUCCAACGGGGGCUUCCCCUGCGCCCCAGCCCCCAAGGCCACAGCAGCUCCGUCGUCAUCGUCUUUCCGAUCUUCUGACAACAAGCCCAUCCGGACGCCUAGCAGGAGUAUGCCCCCUCUGGACCAGCCGAGCUGCAAGGCACUGUACGACUUUGAGCCCGAGAACGAUGGUGAGCUGGGCUUCCACGAGGGCGACGUCAUCACGCUCACCAACCAGAUCGACGAGAACUGGUACGAGGGCAUGCUGCACGGCCAGUCGGGCUUCUUCCCGCUCAGCUACGUGGAGGUGCUCGUGCCGCUGCCGCAGUGACCAGCGCUCGCGCAGGCCGGCCACAACCACACCAAGGUGCUCACGGAAACACUAACUUCCUCCCCCAGGGCCCGGCCUGGCCACUGCCGCUGCCGCCUUAGCGGGCACGGCUGACCCGGCCUGGCUGCCACCCUGGGGUUCUGACUCCUCCCAGCCCGUUGCUGGCGAUGGGCCACAGCCCACAGGGGACCCCCAGCACAUACGUCCCCUGCCCUGCCUGCACCUCACCCUCUCCUGGGCAGCCGGGGGCCCCCCAACCUCCAGCCUGCACCAGCCACCCCUAUGGCCGCCAGCUCCCACCCCUGCGACACCACCAGCUGCAGGGACCACGGCCCGGCCUCUCCCCCAAAGUCAUGCACAGGAGCUCUGAGAGCGAAUGUCCCCAGGCUCCAGCUGCCAGCACCUCCCACAGCUGCAGUCAGCCCUGUCCCCUGGGACCCAGGCGGACUGGCAGGGUGCCCACACCAUGGAACCCCCGCUGGCUUCUCCCUCUCCUAUUCCAAAGGCCAGCAGCCUCGGGGCACUCGAGCUGGCCACCAUGAAACAUUCCCUCCACCAGGGACCCACACAGCCCCUGGCACCCAGGCUCUGCCCUGCCCCCACCCCGACUCCAUCACACUGGGGUGCGUACCCCAGCCUGGCCUGCAGCCAGGGUGAACAGAAAUGUACUCCUGACUUUUUUAAAAAGAAGUAUUAAAUGUGUCUUUCUACA